AGUGCUCCAGCCUGAAGAAGGACUCCGGGAACGGGACCCUGCCCCGGGCGUGCCUGGACGACAGCUACGCCGGCGGCGAGGGGCUGAAGCGGAGCGCGCUCAGCUCCUCCCUGCGCGACCUGUCCGAAGCAGGCAAGCGUGGGCGACGCAGCAGUGCAGGAUCGCUAGACAGCAAUAUGGAAGGGUCCAUCAUUAGCAGUCCUCACAUGCGCCGAAGAGCUACAUCAACCCGAGAGUGUCCAUCUCGCCCUCACCAGACUAUGCCCAACUCCUCCUCACUCCUAGGGUCCCUGUUCGGUAGCAAGAGGGGCAAGCCCCCCUCGCAGAGCCACGCGGCCGCGCAGACCCCGCACCACGCGGAGGGCGCGGCCGCCGCGCCGCACCCGCACCACGCGCAGUUCUGCCACCAGAACCCGCCGCCCUACCACCACCACCACCACCACUACCGCCCGCCCCCGCACCCGCACCUGCACCAGUACCACCAGCACGGGCACGGCCACGGGCACGGCCCCUACCUGCCGCACGCCCCGCACCACGGCCCGCACCACGGCCCGCACCACCACGGGCCGCCCCCGCCGCCCGCCGCCGCCAGCACCAAGCCCAAACACAGCGGCAUCAGCACCAUAGUCUAG